AUGAUUUUCUUUUUAUUUCUUUUCCUUAACGUCGCACAUGGAGCUCGACAACAAGUAUAUUAUCUUUUAAAUGGUGGACAAUCAGGGGCAAGUAUUAAUGGCGAUUUUGAGGUUUAUCGAAACCUUGCUCAACCCCGACCGAUAACCGCUCAAGAUUAUCAAGCGGAUGGACCGAUGGCUUAUGUCAAAGAAUGGACAACACAAUUUCAUGAUCUAUUUCAAGGCCCGUUGAGCAGCAAAAAUCAACAAGCUGCUGCUCCUCAACCAACAAAUGAAAAUCCCCAAAUGGCACCCAGGGUUCAACUAGCGGAAAUACCAGCUGAAUCGACUCCCCUUGAAGAUCCGAGAAACAUUCAUCCACCAGUUUAUCUCGGAAAACCUCAACGAUUCAACGAUAAAAAUGCCUUGAUAAACGAUCAAUUCAAUUUGGCUCAAUAUGUUCAAAAAGAGGCCGGAUAUGAGCUCGGUUAUCAUGAUCCACGAGACAAAAAUCCCUCUGCUGUUUACUCACUUGGCCCAGUGAUGGAAGCUUCUUCUCUUUUCCCAUUCCAGCUUCCAUUUGGGAAAGUCCGAGGAAAGCCUGCUUUUGUCUCGCCCGCAUUUGGCAGUUAUACACCUUUUGGAUGGAUGCCAUGGAAAGCCCCAGAAAAAGAUAUUCAAUUGAAGAGCUACCGUAUUCAAAAUCCGAUGGGUUCCCUCGGUGGAUUUGGAGGACAAUUCGGGCAAUCGGGUGGAUUUGGAGGACAAUUCGGGCAAUCGAGUGGCUUUGGAGGACAGGGUUUUGGGCAAGGAGCUGGACUUGGACCACUUUUCAGUCCAAAUGCUUUCGUGCCAGAAAAUGAACAAGAAAAGGUGAGUCCAUCAAGGAAAGAUUCGGAAGCAGUAACCGAUUAUGUGGAUGAUCUUUCAUCAACAAGAAAUACAAGAGAUUAUCAUCUUGGAAAAGCUGUCCAUUAUUUGGCACAAUCUAUUCAU